ACUACCUCCUCCGCCUCUUCCCUGAGGAACACCACAUUCCUCGCAUCUUCUCCUUCCACAUUGGCAAUGACAUAAAUUACAAGGUCCACCGUGGAUUCCCAGGCAUCUGAAGUGAAUCCCACUGUGGCUGCUAGAGCACAGUAAGUGACGCCAAGGGGGUACAUAGGGAGGCCACACCGGAAAAUAACAUGCAGUAGUAUGUCUGUGAAACUUGGGACGAAAACUCCAAAUGGUCUUUCGUUUCGACACAAAGCUGGGAAAAAUAUCUCAGCUACAUGCAAGCUUGCGGGAUUGAACAACGCGGGGGCCUCGGAAUAGCUCUGCAGAUAAUUCUCACACUUGGUGCCAAGAGAUUGCAGGAUGUCUGUGAGCGCCUGUCAAGCAUGUCCAUGUUGACGUCGAGCUGUACGUUGGGGCCGGCCGGCUGGGCCCUGGGUGACUCACCUCCUGGGGCUAUAAGGAGGAGCCUUGACUGGAGCGCAGAAACCAGUUGCGCCACUCUCCCGCUGUGAAUCACUUCCAGAGCUGGAGCUCUCUGGCGUGAACAGAGGCACAACAAGCAGGACAGCCAGGACCCUGCACCCAGCAGGAACCUCGCAUCCAUCUGGGACCCCUCGAGCCAAAAACUAACUUGGGACUUUGGCGUGCAUUCCACUGAAGGAACCAGUCGGACAGGAUUCUGGGGUUUGACAACAAGGAUUCUCUUUUUGACUUCAUGCCUAUGAAAAUUAGCUAUUGUCGGUACGGCACUACGCACUCUUGAGGACUUGCAAGUUGCGAGAAAAUAAUCGGGGCAGGCCUUUUCCAGCACUUUUCCACAGAGAAGAUUCCUCCCCGGCUCCCGACAUGGCAAACGGCUCCAUAUACCAGCUGAUCGAAGAUUGCGAGGCCACCCACAAGGGGCUCUACAAGUUCUACGCCGCCAUCAUGAUUAUAAUCGUCAUCCUGGCCUUGCCUCUCAACAUGUCCGUCCUGCACCUCUUCAUCUUCAAGUUGAAGUUCUGGAAGUCCAACAGCAACAACGUCUUCCUGUUCAACCUGGUGCUGGCCGACAUGCUGCUCCUCUUCAGCCUCCCCAUCAAGGCAUACAACUUCAUCCAGGGGGAGCGGCGGAACAGCAACGACGCCGUCUGCAAAGCCAUGCUCUUCAUGCUCUUCCUCAACCGGGGAGCCAGCAUUGCGUUCCUCACCGUCACGUCCAUCGACCGCUACUUCAACGUAGUCCACCCAGGCCGCAAGAAUCUGCUUAAAGCUCUCAAGAAAUCGCCGCACAUCUCCAUCUUCAUCUGGCUGCUGCUUCUGCCCCUCACCAUUCCGACCAUGCUGAAGAACUUUGACUGCUGCAACAGCCACAGGAGUGACCAGGAUGACACUCUGAUCAAGGAUGUGGUGGACAGUUUAAGAGAAGCGGUCUUCUUCACGCAAAUCCUCAUCCCCUUCAUCAUCCUGGUCUACUGCACCGUGCACAUCGUCAACCGCUUGCGCAAGAAGACGGUGGGCAACAAGACCAAACUGAAGAGAGCUGUUUUCCUCGUCACCUCAGUCAUGGUGGUCUUCUCGAUCUGCUUCCUGCCGUGCACCAUCGCGCGGAUGGUGCUGCUGGUGGCCCGUGUGCAGGAGUGGGGGGAGUCAGCCCAGGACAAGGCGACGGUGGUUUUUGACGGCCUCAUGGUUCUGUCCUACUUGGAUUGUCUGCUGGACCCGCUGGUCUACUGCUUCUGCAGCACCAAGUUCAAGGCGCUCUACUUGUCCAAUUAUUUCCCCUUCUUGCUGAAGGAAGAUUCUUUGCCGAUGGACAGCUCCACGGGGAACACGUCAAACCCAAAACGCAACAACGUCAUCUGAGAGCCGAGCCGCCACAACGUGGACUUCAUUGGUAAACUGGGACCAUACCUGAUUCUGUUAUUUUACGGCGGAGGAGAGGUCUGACGUUCUGGAUUUAAAGCGGACACAUUUGUCUUGGUUUUCAAAACCAAUUACUGACUGAAAAUAUCUUCUUUGGUAACAAGUUAACAAGAUUAUCUUGAAUAUGAUAUUGAAAAUGAGAUUUUGUUUAUCAAAAGGUCUUCUACUAGCAUGUAAUUUGUCAAGGUCAUUAUUUGUAAAUAAAUAAAGAUGACAUAUUUUUAA